AUGGUUCAGAUCAAAGACUUCGCCGUGGAACAAUGGAUGGACAAGUAUGAGACGACGGCCAAGUAUAACGUGGCAGAGACGUGCAGCGCCUCAGUGUCAGUGAAAGAUCUCCAGGCGCUUUCCGAGGACCCGGAGUCUCAACCGCUAGAGCAUAUUUUUGACACCAAGCUCACAUACGGUGCGAUUCGCGGCUCUGAACGACUACGAACGACCCUCGCCAAUCUGUACUCCGUGAGGACACCAACUCCAUUACCACCGGAUAACAUUCUAGUCACUCCAGGCGCAAUUCUGGCCAACUUUCUCCUGCUGUACACCUUGGUUGGCCCUGGAGACCAUGUUAUCUGCCAUUACCCCACCUAUCAGCAGCUAUACUCGGUCCCGGCAUCUCUUGGAGCCGAUGUAAGCCUAUGGAAGUCGAAAGAGGCCGACGGGUGGAAGUUGGAUUUGGACGAGCUAAAGGAGCUCAUUCGUCCAAACACCAAACUUAUCAUCAUCAAUAACCCUCAGAACCCCACUGGGGCUAUUAUUCCCCAGAGCACUCUGGAGGAGAUAGUGGAGACUGCGCGCGAGUCAUCCAUAUAUGUCUUUUGCGAUGAAGUAUACCGUCCGCUCUUCCAUUCCAUCACCCCGAUGGACGCAGACUUUCCGUCGUCUGUCCUGUCGCUUGGCUACGAGCGCACGAUCGUAACAGGGUCCAUGUCCAAAGCCUACAGUUUGGCUGGCAUUCGCGUAGGAUGGAUAGCGUCCCGCGAUCGAUCUAUCAUUGAAGCCUGCGCCUCGGCUCGGGACUAUACAACAAUUUCAGUCUCGCAGCUAGAUGAUGCGGUUGCAAGCUACGCUCUAGCACCAAGUACCAUUCACGCUCUUCUAAGGCGGAACAUAGAGCUCGCAAAAACGAAUUUUGCGAUCCUGGAGAAGUUCAUUGAGUCGCAUCGGUGGGCGUGCGACUGGGUCAAGCCUCGAGCCGGGACUACGGCGUUUGUUCGGUUCAACAAAAUGGGCAAGCCUGUAAACGAUGUCUCCUUUUGCGAAACGCUCCUCGAGCGGACCGGGGUCAUGUUUGUGCCCGGCAGCUUGUGCUUCGGAAACGGCGAGGAAUUCCAUGGCUAUGUGCGGAUCGGAUAUGUAUGCGAGACACACGUGCUGGAGGAAGCACUAGCGGCAUUGGCGACGUUCUUGGAUGAUGGAUAUGAAGAUGUGCCAGUGAUUAAAAAGAAGGCCACAGCUUAA